UAAGCCUCAUAAGCCUCUUAAGCCUCUUAAACCUCCUGAUGGCGUUAGGGGCUGUUUUAGAGUUCUGCCUAGCCUAGGGAUCGUCAUUGGUACCGACAAACACAAAAGGAACAUCACACAACAACACCCGACUAACCACAGCCAGCAGUCGGCGCGGCGGUGAUGGGCGUUGGGUUGGGGGUUAGGGGCUGGGGAGGAGGAGGAGGAUCCUUUUGUCAUGCUCCACCUGUGUCAAAAUUGUGUAUUCCCCAUAUCCAAUCGCUCAUCAUUGCUGCUUGCUGCUCAUCCACAGUGCGUUUUUCCUUUCGUUUUAACGUUUCGAACGCACCGAAACGCAGAUGAUUAGAGAUGAGGGUAACUUGGGAACUUUGUCACUAAUAAGUUCAUACUUCGUCCCAGAGCCGGCUGUCAUCCUUUCCGCAGGCUCCCUUAACCUGUAGCUUAUUUUUGCUUGCUCCCCCCUUCUCCUCCUCCUCCUUCCCCUCUAUCUCCACCCUAACGGCACCGCUAAACCAAUGCGGAGGCCAAGGAGGAAGAGGCGCUACAGGGUUUGGACAGGGCGGAAGCUCAAAAAGUAAAACGGAUGUUGGUCGGGUUUGAUGUUCGUCAUUUAUUCGCGAUUCAUUCUUUGACCUCCCACGCGUGGUUUUUGGAGGUUGCUUCUGUGCUCUAAAUUUACCCCCGGGCUGGUACAGCAGUUACAUCCACGCGCACAUCUCUGCAUACAUCCCAUUCCUUGCCAUCUACAAGUUUGGUAUAGUACACAUGCAUGCAUGCAAUCCCGCGCAGUAAACUGAGCUCUCCGUGCCUUGCUUACAUAUAUAUACGCACUCCCGAACGCUUAACGCUUGCCCGUGGUCACACACACAAAGGGUCUCUUCCCAGUAUAUAUAAGCUUCUUCCCACAUCCUCCCCCAUUUGUAUUCUGGUCCUCACUUCCGUCUAAUUUGAACUUGAUCUACCACCAAAUCCACCUUUCCCCACACCCGUCUAUUUCGCGUCACACCACCACUCUAUUCCGACGUCUGCCUGCCUUCCUUCCGCUCGAGUCUGAUCUUUGAUCAGCCAGCCUGUGGCCGAAGAAGAUGGCGGACAACAGGAAGGACGAAGUCUCCGAGGCCGUGUCCGGAAAACCCCUUGACAAGCAGGAAAUGGAGCAGGAAGUCGAGAAAUUGGGUGAAAGCUCUGAUCAAAGCUCUGACAAUGCCGAGCGGGGCGAUCGCGAAAGGAUCAAUCUAAAUGCAAACUUAUCCGCAAAAAUCAAAAAUCCUCUUGCAGAUAUCCCUAACCCAACCUUGUUGAGAGACGUCAAAGAAUUCGCCCAGAGGUUCGGCUUGGAAGACGUUUUGCCUAUUCUGCAGAGGGGUGCCCUAGUCGCAAAAGAUCCAGCCAAUUUCGAGAAUGUCGAGGGCAUCACUGAUGAUGAGGUUGACGCCAUCCGCAACGAAGUCCUUCACAAAUGGCGCCAACCAAAGCCUCUCCUCUACACCAUCAUUUUGUGUUCAAUUGGUGCCGCCGUCCAGGGAUGGGAUCAGACUGGUUCCAACGGCGCCAACCUGUCUUUCCCGGAAGCCUUCAAUCUCCCUGAAAGAGAUCACCCGGACGCUGAGAAGAACCAAUGGAUUGUUGGUUUAGUCAAUGCUGGGCCUUACAUCGGAUCGGCUUUCCUUGGUUGCUGGUGCUCUGACCCUAUUAACUACUACUUGGGUCGUCGAGGGGCUAUCUUUAUCUCUGCCGUCUUCUGUGUCCUCACUCCUAUCGGUUCUGCUGUGGCUCAAAGCUGGCCACAAUUACUGGUCUCACGCUUGCUCAUGGGAAUUGGAAUGGGCGCCAAAGCUUCCACUGUACCCAUUUUCUGCGCUGAAAAUACACCCGCUUCUAUCCGUGGUGGCCUUGUUAUGUGCUGGCAACUUUGGACUGCCUUUGGUAUUUUGCUAGGAUUCAGCGCCAACCUUGCAGUAAAAGACACAGGCAAUAUCUCUUGGAGACUUCAGUUGGGCUCUGCAUUCAUUCCAGCUGUCCCGCUUGUAAUCGGAGUGUUCUGGUGCCCUGAGUCUCCACGUUGGUUUAUCAAGAAAGGCAAAGUCGACAGGGCUUACCAAUCCCUUCUUGCUCUGCGGAAUCACCCAAUCCAGGCAGCUCGGGACUUGUACUACAUGUAUUCGCAGAUCCAAAUUGAAGAACAGAUCGCUGGAAAGAGCAACUACGUCACUCGGUUCUUCCAAUUGUUCACCGUCCCCCGUGUCCGUCGGGCAACCCUCGCGUCGUUCGUCGUCAUGAUUGCGCAGCAAAUGUGCGGUAUCAACACCAUGGCAUUCUACUCAUCGACUAUUUUCAAGGGAGCAAACGCCACUGUUACCGAGUCACUGUUUGCAUCUUGGGGUUUCGGUCUGAUCAACUUCGUGUUCGCGUUCCCUGCAGUCUGGACGAUUGACACCUAUGGACGGCGUGCGCUCUUGCUCUUCACCUUCCCACAGAUGGCAUGGACUAUGCUUGCUGGUGGCCUGGCGUUCUAUAUUCCGGAAGACAGCAAGGCUCAUCUGGGUGUUAUUGCUUUCUUCAUCUACUUGUUCGCUGCAUUUUACUCUCCGGGAGAAGGUCCUGUACCCUUCACGUACUCUGCUGAGGUCUUCCCUCUUUCUCACCGAGAGGUUGGUAUGGCGUGGGCGGUUGCAACAUGUUUAUUCUGGGCCGCAGUGUUAUCAAUCACCUUCCCCCGACAGUUCCGUGCCAUGACCCCAACAGGUGCCCUUGGCUUCUAUGCUGCCCUCAACGUCCUCGCCCUCAUUAUGAUCUUCCUCUGGGUCCCCGAAACAAAACAGCGCACCCUGGAAGAAUUGGAUUACAUCUUCGCAGUCCCCACCCGCAAGCACAUGAGCUAUCAAACAUUCACCGCACUCCCUUACUGGGUUAAGCGGUAUAUCUUCCGCAUGAAGGUCGAGCUGGAACCGCUGUACCACUUUGAGAAUAUCGUGGAGGACGAGAAUUAUAAAAAGGAGCUGCGCAGGCAGAGUGAGGCUGCCACUCAGUCUCGGAAUGCGAGUGUUUCCAAGUAGAGAUGGACAUUGAAAUUUGAAACAAAAAGCGAAAGAAAAAAGAAAAAAGAAAAAAGAAAAAAGAAAAAAAAGGUCGGGAGGGAAAGUUGGGGUUGGAGAAUGGUUGGGAUGGGGGAUGUGACUGUAUCAACCACCAUUCCCUUUUAUUAGCCCCCUUAGACCUAUCUAAACUAUCCGUCCUCGCUCUGAACUCAUUCGAAUGACUCGGUGUGAUAUGAAGGACGUUUGUUGGUUUUCGUCUUUUUUUUAAUAAUCAAUUUGAACCGUUCUACACCUAGACUCGCUACAUCAUCAGCCAGCCAUCAAGCCAGCCAGCCAGCCCUUUCCAACUCAGGACGUACGUUAAUUCUAUGGCUGCUUCCUUGUAUAUGAUUUUUCUUCUUCUUUUUCUUCUUCUUCCUUUGGUUCUUCCUCUUCUUCGUUUUUCUCCUUCGCCACUCCUAUAUAUUAUAUGUAUGAUGAAGGCGCCCGCCGCCCGCAGCUAUUUUACCCAAGCCAGCAGCAUUCUUUUGUCACGUAUUACCCAUCUUAAUUAAUUGUUGUUUUCCAACCUACCAUACCAUAACAUCCAUGCCAUACCAGAACUCAAUCGGCAUGUUAAAUUUUUGAGAGAGCGGACCGUUCAAUGAAUGUUGAGUAGAUACGAAAAACAACGACUCACUCACCCUCUCUCUCAGUGGACACAAGGGUUUCGAUUUGCUCCCCCUCAUUUUGCCCGUAGCCACCAACAACCAUUAUUAACGUGCGGUAAAAAGAUGAAUGUGUGCAGGCGGGCGCGCAGGCGCGCGCUUAUUCUACACCAUUCUAUUCUACUAUUCCAUCUAUGCCUGGGCUUGCGCGUGUCUUUCACAAUACACCGUACAUAUAAUUUUUAUUUGGCCCCCGUCUUAUUUCAUUUCAUUUCUUUGCGUCUUUCUUUCUACCCUCCCCACCCCCCUAUCUUAAUUAAUAAUCAUCAUUCAUUGGACUCAAAAUCUUGAGUCGGCAGAGCGGAGUGCGGAGCCGAGAGGCGGGUUUUUGCUUAUUAAUUUUAUAUCAACCGAUGUCCAGCUCCUCCCCGCCCCGCCCCGCCCCGCCCUAACCCCGUGGCGGGUUUUAU